AUGGCAGAUGAAGAUUGCUCGUCAGCUGAAAAGAACAGCCAGUUAUUCACACAACAGAACAGCCAAAUUGUAAAAGUCAGUAACUGCAGCAGCAGUAACAACAAGAACAACAUAUCCCUAGAUUUGUCCAACAAGAAACUAACUUGCGGACAAUUCUAUUCAAAACAAUCGGAACAAAAACUUCCAGUUCCUUUGAGUAAAACAAUUGUGUACAAAGCUCCACCAAAUUCUGAUCAAGGAAACAUUCUCAGGCGAGUAAAAGUCUUCAUUAUUGACGAAGCUUCAAUGAUGCCAGUUUAUGCUUUGAAAACUAUAGAUAAUUGUUUAAGAGAUAUUAUGAUUAGCAAUAGUAUAUUUGGUGGGAAAAUUAUCGUACUAGGAGGAGAUUUUAGACAAGUUCUUCGAGAUGUUCCCAGAGCUCCUCCUACAGCUGUACUUGAUGCCUGCCUCAAACGCUCCUCUAUGUCGGAUAAUUUUCAUCAAAUGCAACUUACGCAAAACAUGAGAACAAAUGCAAAUGAACAAGAUUUUUCGAGGUGGCUACUACAACUUGGAAAUGGAUUUCUUCAAAACUCUCUUGAUAAUCUCACAGAAGAUACUAUCGAUAUUCCUGAGGCAUACAUAUGUAACAAUUCUUUGGUAUCUGAUAUAUUUGACAAUUGUACAGCAAAAGAAAUGAAAAAUAGAGUGAGCUUAUCCCCUAAAAAUUCAGACUGCUUAGCAGUAAAUGAAGAAAUUCUAAGUAGAUUUCCCACUGAAACGAAGACAUAUCUAAGCACUGACUCAGUAACUUCUGAUAAUGAAGAAGAAGCCCAGAAUUAUCCCAUAGAGUUUAUAAACUCUCUUACACCUUCUGGAAUGCCUCCCCAUCGCUUUAACUUAGAAGUUUGA